UGCUUUUUGAAUUGUAGAUGGCAGACGCAGUCCAGUUGAAGGACGAGGGAAAUAAAUAUUUCCAGGGGGGUGAUAUUGACAAAGCCAUUGAAAGCUACACAGAAGCACUUAAGGUGUCCAAAGACAAGAAAGUGUCAGCAGUCAUCUACAGAAACCGUUCGGCCUGCUACCUUAAAAAGGAAAAAUAUGUUCAAGCAGCAUCAGAUUGCUCAAAAGCCAUUGAUGUUGAUGCUAGAGACAUCAAAGCCCUGUAUAGACGUUGCCAAGCUCUUGAAAAAGUAGGAAAGCUUGACAUGGCCUUCAAGGAUGUCCAGAGAUGCGCCACCAUAGAGCCAAAGAACAAAACUUUCCUUGAAACUUUGAGGCGACUUUCAGCAGAAAUUCAACAGAAGCUCAAAAGCACCUUCUCUACUGAUUCAAGGGUAGAGAGUAUGUUUAAUAUCCUGCUUGAUGAAGAACAUGAGAAAGACAAGCGGGAGAAGGCUGCAAACAACCUGAUUGUUCUGGCCAGAGAGGAGGCAGGCGCUGAAAGAAUUUUCCAGAACAAUGGCGUGGCCCUGCUGCAACAGCUAAUCGACACAGGAAAACCUGAGAUGAUUCUGGCAGCCAUCCGAACCUUCGCUGGAAUGUGCACUGGGCACAAAGCAAGGACAAUGGCUAUCAUCCGCCUUCUUGGGAUUGACAAGAUGUGCAGCAUUAUGGCAGUGAACAAUGAGGAGAUUGCCUUGGCCACUGCAGAUCUGUUCCAGUGCGUGAAUGAUUCCCUGUCUGGACAAGACAGAAGGGAGUAUGGAAAAGAAGAGUCUCUUGUUCUUGAUACAACCAGGGAUCUAAAGGCCAUCCUUAUGGCUCUGCUGGAAAUGGUCGCAAGCAAGAAGGUGUCAGGCCAUGGAAGAGAUCAGGCUCUCAACCUCUUGUCUAAGAAUGUUCCACGUAAAGACAAAAGAGACCCAGACCAUUCAAAAGCUCUUUUCACCAUUGACCAUGGCCUGAAGAAGAUCCUGAAGGUGUGUGGCCAGGUGCCUGACCUGCCGGAUCAGCUGCCUAUGACAGAUAACACCCAGCUCAUUGCCAGUAUCCUCCUCAACAAGCUAUACGAUGACCUGCGUUGCGACCCUGAGAGAGACAACUUCAGGGAUAUCUGUGACGAAUAUAUUAAAGCAAAGUUUGACCCCAAUGAUAUGGACAGGAACAUUCACGCCAUUAACACGCUGUCAGGGAUCCUCCAGGGUCCCUUUGAGGUCGGUGACAAGCUGGUGGGCAGGCAGGGGGUGAUGGAGAUGAUGGUGGCACUCUGUGGCUCAGAGCGCGAGGUGGACCAGAUGGUGGCGGUGGAGGCCCUCAUCCACUCCUCCACCAAGAUGAGCCGUGCCUCCUUCUUCACCACCAACGGCGUGGCCCUGCUCAAGGACAUCUACAAGAAGACAAAGAACGAAAAAAUUAAGAUCCGGGCUCUGGUCGGUCUUUGUAAGCUGGGCUCUGCUGGUGGGGAUGAUUAUGCCCUGAGACAGUUUGCAGAGGGUUCUACAGAGAAGCUGGGCAAGCAGUGCAGAAAAUGGUUGUGUAAUCCUACUAUUGAUGCCCGCACAAGGAAGUGGGCUGUGGAGGGUUUGGCCUACCUCACAAAUGACGCUGAUGUAAAAGAUGACUUUGUUGAGGAUGAGCCUUCCUUGAAAGCUAUGUUUGAUCUUGCAAAGUCUUCAGACAAGACUAUUCUUUAUGCUGUGGCCUGUACCUUGGUGAAUUGUACCAACAGCUAUGACAAAAAAGACAUCAUCCCUGAGCUGGUCCAAUUGGCCAAGUUCUCCAAGCAGCACGUCCCAGAGCAGCACCCAAAGGAUAAAAAGGACUUCAUUCAGAAGAGACUGAAGAGGAUGUUGAAAGCUGGGGUGACCUCAGCUCUUGCGGUCAUGGUUAAAGCAGACAGCACAAUUCUAACUGACCAGACCAAAGAAAUGCUUGCAAGAGUUUUCUUUGCUUUAGCAGAUGAUCCUAAAGACCGUGGCAUCAUUGUUGCUCAAGGAGGCGGAAAGGCUCUUAUUCCCCUGGCUCUGGAGGGAACCGACAAUGGGAAAAUCAAAGCCUCUCAUGCUUUAGCAAAGAUUGCUUCCGUUUCCAACCCAGAACUUGCCUUCCCAGGAGAGAGGAUUUAUGAGGUUGUGCGGCCACUUGUCAGCCUGCUGAACACAGAGAGGGACGGUAUGCAGAACUUUGAGGCCCUGAUGAGUUUGACAAACCUGUCUGGUUUCAGUGAAAAACUUAGGAAAAAGAUUAUCAAGGAGAAUGCUCUCCCAGACAUCGAGUCCUACAUGUUUGAGGACCACGAACAAAUUAGACAAGCAGCCACUGAGUGUAUGUGCAACCUCGUCACCUGCAAAGAGGUGCAGGAGAGGUUCUUGCAGGAUGGGAAUGACAGGCUGAAGCUCCUUGUGCUGCUCUGCUCUGAGGAUGAUGACAAACUCCAGAAGGCAGCGUCUGGAGCACUGGCUAUGCUCACUGCCGCACAUAAAAAGAUCUGCACUAAGAUCAGCGUUGUGACCGUACAGUGGCUUGAGAUCUUGCAGAGGUUGUGUCUCCAUGACAAUAGUGAAGUCCAGCAUAGAGGUCUAGUGAUUGUCUACAACAUGAUGAAUGCUGAUGAGGAGGUGGCAAAGAAGCUGAUCGAAAGCGAGAUGCUGGAGAUUCUGACAAUUGUCGGUAAACAGGAGGAUAACCCCAAGAAGCAACCUCUGAUUGAUGCUGCCCGUGAAUCCCUCUCUAAGGCUAUGGAUCUUGGACUCAUUAAGCCCUUUGCUAUUGGCAGACAAUAGAGUAGGGCCUGAUAUAUUUCCUCUUGGAACACUAAGGACUGGGAUAACUCUUCUGCAGACUCUUUUUUAACUGUGUUAUUUAUUUCAUAGAGAAAGCAUCUAAAUUGUUUGUUUUUUGUUAUAUGUUUUGCUAAUUGUAUUUUACACAUCCUGAUGAAACAUUUGUAUAAAAAAAACCUGUACUGCCUCUAUCGUAUAAACCACGAGGACUAAUAAAUUUCAGAUGAAGUA